AGAGCCUUGUGUGAUCCACAUUGGCAAGAAAAUUCCGUCUCUCAGCUAAAGGAAAUUAGUUUAGGGGGAAGAAAGGAAAAAAAAGAAGAAUAGUGAGUGAUUUGUGUGGUGUUUUGUGAUAAUUAAAUUAAAAGAGAGAAAGAGGCAAGAAAAUCAGUGAUCGAUUGUCAAUGGUGUUAGCUUAUGUAUAAGAGUAUUUUGAAUUAACUAUAUAGAUAUAUAUUUUUCUUGGAAAUUACACUAAAUUCGAAGGUUUUUUCUGCCUCUCUCACUCUCUCUGGUCUCAUUUUUGGAAGUAACUUCUAAAGUGUGGUGAUCAUAUUAAAGUGAUUUUAUUGCUGAACAGCGCGCGGGGGCAUUUUACAGAGAAUUGCAUCUCAUUUGAAUGAUACUGUUCAGACAUCAUCACCGUGGAGGAGUCAUCCGGCAUCGGGGUUGCCAGUAAAGAGUAUGGAAGGAACAGAAAUUUUAUCAAAUGGCGCCACGAAAAAUCGCAAGUGGUCACUUGGUGGUUUUUUUCGGCGAAAGAAGAAGGAUUUGGAAUCGGAAUCGAGUUCGGAGGAGGAUAGAAAGGCGGGAUUUUCACCACAGAAACGCAAGAGCAAGGAUAAGAGGAAGCGAUCGAGUAAAUUAAUUGGGGCAUUUGAUCAUAUUGUUGUACCGCCAAAUGUGCGUAGGGAAUCGGUGGAGAAGAUGCUUCCGGUUCAGCAGACGGGAUCGCUGGAUCGAAGGCUGAAGGGACAUAGGAGAAGUGGUCCAAAGGGUGAAAAUGGAGAGUCAUCGAGUGAUGAGAAUCUCAGUUAUAAUUCACUACAAUCCAGUGGAAUUUGUCGUUUUCGUAGUGAUGAUAGUUUGACAAAUCAAAGUGGCGGAUCCACGGGAAAUAGGAAAUCACGGUCAGCGAGGACGGAGAGGUACUUGAAGAGGCGAUCAAGGGAUGAAGAGGGAUCAAGUCCCAAUCAGACGAUUUAUGGUGGGAGAUGGAAGACACAGCCGAUAAUGUACAGUUCUCAGUCCAUUGACACUCCGCCAAUGAAUCAUGUGCGUCAUCAGGCGAGUUUACAGAGCUCCUCGAGUCUCACUCACGUACCUCCGGUGAGAUUCCUCAGCAAUGGCCUCAUUGUGCCGCCUGAAGCGCCAGCCAGACCGGUAAAUUUGGCGAAAGUGAGCGCUGAUCGACGCAGCUUCAGCUAUGACAACUCGAUGAAUCGCAUUUCACCGGAGACACACCUCAAGAGUCCCCCGCCAUUACCACCACCGCGAGAUCCACAGAGGCGGCUCAAUGUCUAUGUGGAAUCACGUCCAAUCUCGUAUGCCUUUGACCGACCCGCCGUGCCGGAACCCGUGUGGACGGAGAUGGGUGAGAGGUGUGUCAGUGACAAUAGGCUCAAUGUACCACAAGUAGCUCCAAGGCGUCCGGCUUCUGUGCAGCCGGCGGACAAUGGGCCAGUCUGUAGGCGUUUUAUCACACGAAGGGACCCAAAUGGACUGACCAAUGAUAAAAAUAAUAACAUGGAGACACUAUCAAUGGGAUCCUACAAGUACUUGACGGAUUCCGCACCAAGAUCCCGUCGACCGAUUCAAUUGGUGUCCGAUACUUCUGGAUUGUACGGGAAUGCAGGCAAAAUCAGGGAUGAAAUGCGCUUGAGUCAAACUCAGAGUGCUACGGAUUUUUGGAGGAGAAUUGAUGAGGAUGCAUCGAGGAAUCGCAGUCAAGAGGCUCCUCUUCUUAAGCCAAAAGUUCUCAAACCUAAAUCCUAUCGAUAUGACGUGCCUGUGCCACAAAUUGUAGAUUUUCUCGAUGACAAUCGCAAUAGGGUGAGUUCCUUGCCCAAUCACUAUGGGAAUAAGUAUGAGCAGCAUGUGGCAAAGAAUAUCAGUGGACAGAGGAUGAAGCCCCUGGAGAUGACAGCUACUGUGGUUACGCAAUCCUUCCCCCGAAGAAUUCCACCUGAACCACCGGCCAGGAAUAGUAGCUCAGCUUCAGCCGGACGGAAGUCUGCCAAUCUCGAGGAGGCCAUUAAUGAACUCGAAGAGAUCUACAAGAGUCUCAAAUUGGGUGAUGAAAGUCUACUGGAUCGAGCAGAAAGGAGGGAUAUUCCUACUCCUCCGGACUUUUCAAAAAUCCGUGCAGCUGACUAUGAUGAUGAUGAUGAGGACGAGAAUCAAGGAGAACCAGACAUUGUCAAAGAUGAUGUGGCUUAUAGGAAUUUAAAACAUGCAAAUAGUAUACCUAAAGUAAUCGAACCUACGCCAUUUGGAAUCCCCAUGGGACCUAUUCCACCCUCACCAGGGACAGAUUACCUCAAAUUUGCUCCGCCUGGUGAUAGGAAAUCACCCAAAAAGUCACCUGAUCUAGUUUCUGAUGAUCUGGCGUAUCGGAAUCUCCGGAAAGACACGACUAAUGGAAAGAAAUCUGAACAUUAUGUUGUUCCAAAGCAAAAAAAUCGGCCUACUAGGACAAUGUCUGCGAAUAUUUACAAUCUCAUCCAGAGGGAUGCAGCUAAACCUUCGGGUGGGAGGAUUGAAGAUUACCUGGCUCUGGACAGAAAGCCAGCUAUACAUCUAACCGAUGUCAGUGAUGAAGAUGUGCCUUCGACGGUGUUUGUUUUGCGUAAACCAACUCCUUGCCGUCCGACAAAUUACAAAAAUGGAGCAGUGUUCAAUCUACCUUCAACAUUGAACACUCUCUCACCUACAACUGCAGCCAGUAAACCACCAAUCCCGUCCAUCAGGAAGAGUGUGAGUCCGGAUGUGAAAAAACUGCAGGAUACUGAGAUGGAGGAUGCAUUGAAUGCUCUAGCGAGAGAAGCAAAAAUUACAAGUGAAAAAUUAGGUAGAGAUUUGAUGGUAUUGCGCCGUGAAGCAAAGUCCGGAAGUGAAUUUUCAUCUUCUGACCAGCCAAAGGUAGAUCUUGAGAGGGAGAAAAAAGAGGAGGAUAUUGAGGAAGUUUCCAGGGCAGCUAGACUCUGUGAGGAGAUUCUAAAGGGUGUAGUGCACGAUGUAAAGAAGUUGGAAUCUCCAGAAAAAGUCCUGCAGAGCAGUCGAUUGCUACAUGAAAUUGGGGAGGCUUCGAAGGCUGUCAAAGCGUGUGAGAGGAUGCUCAAAGAUGUUGUUCAGGAUACGCCUAAGAAGAUGCUAAAAGAUGAAAAAUUAAUACAUGAUAUCAAUGAAGUUUCUGCAGCUGUGGCAGGAUGUGAGAAAAUUCUGAAGGAAGUGGUAAAGACAACUGAAGUUACCCCAAAAGUUUCUGAGGAGAAAAAUCCGCCAAAAAUGGAGAGUUUAAUGGAAGAUCUUCAGCCAGAUGCAAAGAAAUUGAGUGCUUUGACAGAAAAGGCCAUGGAACAGCUAAAAAUUCUCAAGGAGGAAGAUACUCAGGGACCUGACUAUGAUAAUCUCAAUCCGGAAAUAGUAGGAAAAACAGAAGAGAUUAAAGAGGAAGUUAAAGAUGUGGUCCAAGAGGAAAUUAAGGAGAAAAAAGUAAAGAAGCAGAAACAAAUGGAGGAAGAUAUUGAGAGAAUGAUGAAAGAAUGUUCAGAAUCAGUUCCUGAAGCUGCAGCAAAGUCUAACGCUACAUUCAGUGACCUAACAAAAUUAAUCCGGGAAAAGGUGACGGAGGAAGAGGAGGCCAAAGUUGAGGAGAGUGUUGAUCAAGUGGAUUCAGACAAGACACCGUAUUCGUCACCGGUGGAGGAGGAGAUUGUUGAAAGGAAAACUCCGCAUUUUGUGCAACAGACAACUGUGGAUUCGCCAUCGCCUCCGCUAGAGCUCACUCCACCUUGUAUGGAUGAUGAGUCUCAGUACAAUUCAUCGGAGGAAUUGGCAAUGAUCUUUGGCAUCAGUCAGUCCAGUCAGAGUCUCAAUCAGCUUCCGGAAUCGGGUGCAACAACAGGUAAUUCGAGUGUCUGUCGGCGAAAUGUUACAGUGACACAAUUUGAGACAAUUCAUGAGUCACCAGAUGAAACUGGGAAUGUGGAAUCCACAGAGGAUCCACAACCUGUUGACUCAGAAUCAGAUGGGGUGGUGAAAAUGAAUGGGAAGGAGACGGAGAGAGCGCGAAAUCCCAGUAAUAGUUCCUCCAACUGUAGGGCAUCCCACAGUGCACGUGGCAAAGAUUGUCAGGGAAGCCUCAUUGCACCACAACACAUUAUUGUGGCUUGCACUUUUGGACUCGCUAAUUACGAUGUCAUCACCUAUUUAGCCAUUUUAGCCGCUAUUGUCUUACUAAUUGCAUUUAUAGUGAUUUUAUCAGUGGUGUUUCUAUCAUAUUUAUUCGUAAUCUAUCCGCUUGUGCUAAUAAAUAUGGAGUUUUUUUUUCGUGUGUCGAAGAGAGAUAGCACUGCCAGAAGCAUCAACAACUGCCACGAGCAACAAUUAAUUCCUGACGACAUCAAUGAGCCCCAACCAAUUAGUGCCCUCCUAACAAUAAUAUGCAAAGAAAGUGUUUCAUGUACGCCUCCUGUAGGACUUAAGUGUGUUGUUUUAUCAUCUGUGGACACCAUGCCGGGUCAAUCGACCAAAGUGCCACCGGACAGAAAUCCUCCCGCCACACGCACCACCAAGUUUUCCCAUCACGAUACCACCACAAAUGGCGUGAGGAAGCGCAGUGCUGUCGAGGAUGAGGUUGCCGAGGAGGAUGUGGAGGAGAAAACAAUUAAAAAAUGUGAUAGUAGAAAUGUAGAUAGUGAUUUUAGUGGUAGCGCUAGAGCACAAAACGACAAAACCAUCAAUGGGAGACACCGUGGGAGUUUGGAGAAAGUUGCAAGAAGCGACAGCCGUGUUAGUGAUAAGGAGUCGCCUGCAUCGCCUGCCACGGAACAGAGAUACAUAUCGAGAUCUAAUCGUGGAACACCCGUUGUGCGAAAUCAAACACCAUGUAAUCCUGGGAGUCGUCCAAUGGUCACGGAAGCUCAUGGUGGCGUCCACGUUUCACCCACGACGACUGCGAAAAAUGCGCCAAAAGUGGUCAAAGUGGCGGCGAGUGUCGCAAUAUCAUCAUCAGGUGAGUCAUCGUCAACAGGUACGACGAAAAAAUCGAUUAAGACACCACCAGAUCAUCAACCGGUUCGAACAACGAAAGCGUCAAGGUUGCGAGCAGCUGCUCUAGACAAGAAGAAGGAAUCGAGUGCAUCACCACCAACACCAGGGAGAAAGAUUGGAGUGAGUGGCAAGGGAACGGGAAAGAGAUUGGUGCCCUCAAUUGCAGUGUCUGUCAAUCAGACACUCAAGGAAUUGACAGUGGAGGGUGUACCUAAGUAUCCGGUAGAGUCUCCUGAUUCCGACUUAAUGAGUAGUUCCUUUACCUUCUCCUCACCCGGAAUGAGAUCUUCCACGAUGAUUGGGGAAGUGAAUGCGAUUGAUUGUUCACCAAGACCUCCAGAACUGAGUCCUAUAAGGAAGUCUGCUUCGCCAAAAGACAAGGAAAAAGACAAAUCAUCGAAGAGAAAGUCAAAUCUCAAUAGAGCAUUGACAGAGGAAGCUACACCGGACGAUGGUGUUGAGUUUAGACGCAGGAAGCGUCGUGAAUUGGGUGCAUUGAGAUUUCAGUCGAAUAUUGAAGUGGCUAGGAUGCCACAGAAGACAGAAGAGGGUGGAUCUGGUGAGAAGAGACGCUCAGCAACGGUUAGCCCAAGGCACUACCUAAGGCAGCCGGGAAGUGUACGUUCGAGUGAAUUGAGGGUAUCCAGCGAUGGUGAGUGCAAUUUCACACGAUUUAAUCAACCCCUGAGAUCUCCGACCAUCGAAAAGGGGACUCAGGGAGUUUCUAGGAGCAGAGUUGUGCCAUAUGCUCACUCAAGUCGGGACUCAGACAGUGAUUACAUGCGGAAAAAUAGGAAAUUAUCCGAGGUGGAACAGAAAAUGAAUGCAAUGAAGAAGAGGACAAGGAAUGAUUUGGCAGCUAUUAAGAAGCUCGCUGCACUGGACAGUUCUAAAACUUCCGGAACGAGUGAAAAUGCGGGAUGUGUGGAAAUAUCACCGAUUAAUAACAAUCACCAUGAAUUGGAAAAAGAUCCCAAUGACAAUGCUCAGUUUUCUGAGUAUCAACCGAAUGAGGACAAUAAUGGUGUGGAAAUUCGGAGGAAAAGUGCUGAAGAAUCCCAACCACCAAAUCAACUUGUGUCCAUUCUGAAGAAGAAGGAUAGUGAAUCUGGAGCUGGAUCCAGCAAUGUUUCCCCAGUGACAUUUUCAUCGAGUGUCGUUGAUACUCCAACAAGGAAUAGCUUUCGCCAGGGGAUUCUCAAGAAGCGCUCCUCACUCGAUGAGAGUCGCUACAGCCGGAGCCAUUCGCCGGACGAGAAAAGUGCCCUGGCAAAGAAUCUCCGACGAAAUAGUCUGGAAGAAAUUCAGCAUGGCAUACUCAAGUCUACGAGUUAUGAGCGUGAGGCAGAAUCACUGCAGCCAAUGGAACCGCAUGGGAUACUAAAGAAGAAAGAUUCCACAUCGACUCCGUGUGAGACACCAAAACACGUGUCAAUUUCCCAGGCUGUUAUCCUGGCAGCAGCUGAACUCUGCAAAGACAUUCACAAUUCCUGCGAGAAUCCCGAAGUCAGGCCAAUCCUCAAGACUGAUAGUUUUGCCAGAAGUGCCCCUAAGCCCAUUCUCAAAAAGAAAUACUCAUCGGAAACGGAAGAGAUUCGCCCCAUACUCAAAUCCAGUCGGAAGAGUAGUCGAGAAGAGAAUUCAGACACUGAUACUGAAUGUGUUAAGUCAAUUCUCAAAACUGAUUCACCCUUCAAGAGAUUCUCAAAUCCAGAUACAUCUGUUGAUAAGUCCAAUGCUGUUCUGCUGAGGAGUCGUUCCUUUGAGAAUCCCGAAAUCUAUCCCAGUGAUGUGAGUCCUAGUGAAUCUGGGGAACAGCCAUUGGUUUCAGUGGCUGAGAGAGUGAAGAAUAUGGAGACAUUCCUCAAGCAGUCUUCCAUGGGAGCUGUGCCAAAGCUAACGGCCAGUUCCAGAAGAGAUAUCUACAAGAAUCGCUUCAAAACACAACCUGUGACAGUUGAUGAAAUAUCCAGUUUGCAGACAACUCUGGACAUCUUCCGGCCGUCAUUUAUUGAUGCUGUAUCGUUCACGUCUAAAUCAUCCCUGAGGAGUUUGGAUUUUCCUGUGUCGACAUCGUCUCUGGACACAACCACCGAAUUCACUUCGCAUUCGCUAUCUGGCGAGUACAAUUUGACAUCUCUGAGCAGCGACAGUGGAUUACAUACAGCAAAGACAUCGGAAAUGUCCUCAGGAGAUUUUUUGCAUCAGAAGGACGACAUGGAGCGGCAAAGAGAUGAAUUUUCACCAGAUGACAGUCCAUCGGGGCAUGCCGAGGAGUCUCCACUGAAGCCCAUUGGGAGAGUUAAUAGUGUCCGUGCAAAGGCAAAUAUGUUCAAGGAGAUGGAAAAUUUGAGGAAGAAAGAGGCAGAAAAACCCGUAACAUCACCAAUUAGAAAACGAGUCUUGCCAUUCAAUCAAUUUACUGGGGAUGAUCACGGUACACCCUCAAGAUCCAAUAACAUCUCCGAUGAUUCUGGCACGGAAAUCGAACCCUCAUCACUUUCCAUGUUGGAAAAGGUGAAAAUGUUCAAUAAAUCGCCAAAUGUGACGGUUAGUGUAAGGAAAAAGUCACAGACAAUCAUGAGAAGUAUUGGACGAUUUAGUUUGGGGGCAAAAAAUGGAAGUACAUCGAGGGAUGUGCCUAAGAAAAAAGACCCAAAGAAUGAUACGAAAAAGAUCUCGCCAAGACAAUCAAAAAAGGAUUUAUUCAGGAAUCGUGCCAAUUUGGUGAGAAGGCAGAAAGCUGUUAUGAAGAAUUUCGAGGAGAUCUUUGAGAAUUUGUACCAAGAAGUGACAGUUGAGGAGAUGACGAGUUUGGAUGAUGAUUUCGAGAGGAUCGUCUUAGAAGCCACGGAGACUUCUCCGUCAUCUUCGUCACUUUCCCGGCCAUCAGAGAUUCUCAAGAAAUCCAAGUCCGGAUGCGUUGGACUCUUUCCAAUGGAUCUCAAUAGUGAACUCAAAUCACGUCUUAAAAAGUCUACGCAUGCAUCCGUGGGGAAUCUCAAAAAAUCCGCAACAGCUCAAAUACUAGCUCCUGUUCAGAACAUUGAUGUACGCCCAGAGAAAACAACGUCAGAGAGCAGUGAUUCAGAGGAAGGAAUCUCACCAAGUAAAAAUUUGGCAGCUAUACUGAGGAGUGUGUCAAAGGAGAACAUUCAGAAGAGUCAGAAAAUCCCUCAAUCCACUGAGAAUGAAGAUGUAAGGAGUCUGAGAAUGAAUUUGGCCAAUCUCCGGGUACGUGGUGAACCUGAUCCGGACAAAUCCACCAGCGAUGGGGAGAGUUCGGGUGGCAAGGAGGUGGCCAACAUUAUCAAGAAUAGUGCGAUUGCUCGACGUCGCAAAUUGGCUGAUGGGAAAACAAUCGCAAAGAGCAAGAGUCAAUCGCAACUAGAACCAUCUUUCCGUUAUCACGUUAAUCUGGCGGAUGAAUGUGAUUCAACGGAUUAUUGCCAAGGGUUGAGGGGUGAAAGAUCUUCAGUGACUGUUCCCGAUUACUUGAGAGGUGGUAUUCGACGGAGUUUCACUCAGGAAAUGCGUCCGGAUCAGGAUCAAAUCUCCAAGAGUGGUUCAAUAGCUGACCGACUGGCUGCACUACAGAAGAGUGGUGAGGAUGAUUGGAGAAAACGCUUGAGCACCCGAAGAGACACCACGGACAAUGUUUGCACAGAGAAUCUCGUUAAUAGAGAGGAGGCAUUUGUUGUGUUGGGAUCAAUUUUUGGAGAGAAAGAAAAGAAGAAGAUGGAUUGGGUGUGGUGGAUUGGAAACUGUGCAAUAAUCGGGCUAUGUGUAAUUUUGGGGAAAUUUAUUUGUGAUACUGUGUCACGCAUCAAGAGACGGAGUGAUGAUCAAUUGAAGAUCAAUAGAAAAUUUGUCAAUGCCUCAACACAGACUGACAUUGGGGACAAGGUUGGGUCAUCAAUGGAGAAAAUCCAGGAGAAUUUGACAAAGAAGAUCCAACCAAAAGUGAGUCAGAGGAUAAAAAUGCCCAACAACAACAAUACUGUGGCACAAAUCACAGAAAAAGAGCCAAAGAUCGCGACAAAGAAGCCUGACUUGAAUGCCAAUUUCACAGAAGAAGGUCAAGAUGCCGAAGAGAAGCCUAGUGUGAAGAAUCUGAGGAUGAUAUUUGAGGCAUCUGGUCGACGAGAGGCAUCACCAAAUAAAAAUCAUGCAAUAGUCCGGAGGAAUAAAUUGUCAGCAGAAGUUAGAAUGAGAAAACCAAUUAAUAUGUUCAAUGAUCCAGUCACAAUUUCUCUCGUUAAUAAUGCCCUUCUUUUGGCACAAAACCUCCAGAAUACCAACAAAUCCGAUUCUUCGGCAAUUAUUUCGGACAAUGAAGUUGGAGCAAAGGUCUCCGAUAGACUGAGCAAGCUUAAAGUCUCUUCCCAAAGCUGGAAGAAUCGUGUUGAACCCACAGAUGCUACCCAAUUUACUGUGGCUGCUCGGGUUCAGACCCCAGCGAAGCUUCCAUUUGAGAAAUCUGAUGACAAACGCUGCCCUCCCCGCAGAAUCUUCCGUAGCGCCAAUCCACCUCUUUUGGGAUUAGCCAAGAGUCCAUCAAUGAUGGUUCCUGGCACAGAGACAACCACCACUGUCCCAGCUCUCAAGAGGAGUGUUAGUGUUCCUGGGGAGGAGAGUCAGGAAACAACAACGAAAGUUUCAGUCCUCCAGCCGGACGAUGAUGAGACAUUUGAGAAAUUCUUCUCUGGAGCGAACAUUCGCAACACUGUGAUAGACGAAGAGGUGGAAAUUGCCGAUUUUGAUGCCAUAAAGUCCACAGAAAGAUUGGCGUUUAAGAAGGCAGUGCAAGGUCCCAAGGGACGUCGUGCUGCCCGGAAUCCGCUGAAAUCUCUGGCGGCACGUGCCAAUAUCCAGAAUGAGUAUACUGAGGUGAAGAGUGGGGUAAAUGAGAAGGAAUUGAAGAGGUUGAAGCUCGAGGAGAUGGCUAGGAAGAGUCAUUUGGCAGUAGAAGCACUGGCUGGUUUGGCAUCCGUUGAGGAUUUCAAGAGUGUCAGUCUAAAAUCUCAUUCUCUGCCCCUCAAUUCUUCCUAUCUUCCCUACAAAUCCCCAAUGUUGCUGCAGAUUAAGGGCAGAACUCAUGUUCAGACUCGUCUGGUUGAACCUCUGUAUUCAUCCAUCAAUCGAGGUGAUUGCUAUGUGCUCGUGACUGCGGACAAAUUGUUCAGAUUCAUGGGAAGUUUGGCAAAUGUGAUUGAACGAACCCGUAGUCAGCAUAUUUGUGCAUUUAUCCUGGAACAUAGGGAUUUGGGUUGUUCAGCCAAUAGGGAAUAUGUUGUGCGGGAUGAUCGACAAGGUGGGCACGAUGAGGAAUUUUGGCGGGUGCUUAAGAGACCAAAAGACUGGGAAAUUGUAGAUUGUGGACAUACAGAUGAGGAUGAUGUCUUUGAAUCAUGCCUCAUUGAGACGAAUAUGGUGUUUGAGUAUCGCGAUGAGGAAUUGCAUCCAAUUGAGGAAUAUUGGGGAUGUGUUCCGAGGGUGGAAAUGCUAAAUGCUGAUAAGGUGCUAGUAUUCAAUUUUGCCAGUGAAAUUUAUAUUUGGAGUGGAAAAAAUGCCGAUGGUGAUGCAAAAAGGGCAGCAUUGAGGCUCACGCAGGAGAUGUUCAAUGCUGGAUAUGAUUAUGAGGCAUGUGAGCUCAAUCCUGUGGAAUUUGCUGCCCUUGCUGGGAGUAGAGAGGAGAAUAUUGUGGAGAUUGUGAGGAGGACAAAACCAAUGUAUCCGGAAUGGUGUCUUUUGGCCAGGAUUACGCAACAUAUGGAGACUAUUUUGUUCCGAGAGAAAUUUCUCGACUGGCCAGAUUAUACCAGAGAUCCUUUGUGUCGGGAAUACUCAGUCCAUAGGAUUCAUGGGAUUAAGCCACCAGAUGGAGAGCUUCUUUUUCACUCUGGGCAGUAUGAGGAGCCGAAUGUCAUCCUGGAGAAUGCCAAUCUCGGUCGAGGACACUUUUACUAUGAUCCCGAUACCAUGAGACACUUUGACAUUCUCACGGAUUCCGUACAAAUGUGGCAGAUUCAAGAGAAUACCUUUGAUACGGUUGAUGAUGCAUCUUUUGGACAUUUCCAUGCCGAUGGGAGCUACAUCAUCAAAUGGAUCUAUCGGAUUAGUGUGACAGUGAGAGAAUUGUCAGGAAAUAUCUCCAACAGGAGUACAGUGGGCAGAAAUCGCUGUGCAUACUUUUGUUGGCAAGGAAUAGCUUCCAGUGCUAAUGAAAAGGGGGCAGCUGCGUUGUUUACGGUUGAGUUGGAUAAGGAAAAGGGCUCUCAGGUGCGCGUGAGACAAGGACAAGAAGAUACAGCAUUCAUCAGGCUUUUUGGGGUCAUGAUCAUUCAUCGGGAACGUGAAAUAAAUUUAUGGAGACUCUAUAUUGUCAGUGGAAAUGACACUCAGGAAACUCUUCUCACAGAAGUUCCCUGUCAAAUGGCUCAACUUCGUUCCCGGACCUGCUUCAUCAUGAUCCACGGUGAAAACGGUGAAAUCUUCAUCUGGAAGGGAUGUCAAUCUAGUGAAAAUACUCAGAAAGUGACCGAAAAUGCAGUCAAGAAAAUCAAAGAGCAGAAAUCCAAGGAGUUCUUUGGCAAAGAAAACACAGAUAAAGAUGUCAAAGUGAUCACAGAGAGUGAAGGAUCAGAGUCUGAUGACUUCUUUGAAGCCAUUGGUGGAAAGAAUAGAGAGCAAUAUUUCAGUCUAUUGGAGGCGAAUGAUGAGUAUCGUAAUUACACAUCAAGACUCUUUCAUUUCACUCGGACAGAAGGAGCCUUCAAAGCUGUGGAAUUCCACAGCCAACUGAGAUCUCGUGAUCAUGCAACACCAUAUCCCUUUACCCAGCUGGACCUCUACAGAGCACGCCAGCCGACAAUCUUUCUCGUGGAUGCCGGAGAGAAAUUAUGGCUGUGGAUGGGCUGGUGGCCCAAAGAGGAUUCAGAUUCCAGUGAGGAUAGUGACAAUGAACUGGUAAAUCGGGCUGGGGAGAAUCGGUGGUUGGAUGAAAGGCGUGCAGCUCUUGCUACAGCGCUAAGUUACUGGGAGGCCAAGAAAGCCACCCGGCGGGAUGGGAGUGAGUCUGAGGAGAGUGAGGAGGAGAAUGAAGAGCGCAGUGAUGCAGCAGGACUUGUUGUAUGGGCUGGUCUUGAGCCACUUGAAUUCAUCUCACACUUUCCCGACUGGACACACCAUCGCGAUGUCGAGGAGAUCAACAGAAUGGAUGGUCGAAGUGAGGAUCUUGUGUCGAUUUCCCAGUAUCUCAGUCUGAUAACUCAGCGAGAAUAUCCCCUUUCGACACUCCUCAGUCGACCACUUCCCGAGGGAGUUGAUCCUACUCGCUUGGAAAUCUAUUUGUCUGCUGAGGAAUUUGAGGAGGCACUUGGUGUUUCUCGUGGUGACUUCCAGGAUUUGCCCUUCUGGAAGCAGACAAAGUUGAAGAAGGAGAUGGGACUGUUCUAACACUGGGCAACGAAUGCAGCAGUUGUACGGAUGAAAAGGGACACUUUGAGCAUUUCUCAGUAUUUUCACACAAUUUGGCACCAAUUCAGUCGUGAGAUAGACAAAUUACUGCAUUACUCGUAAAACUGCUGUCGAUAUAAUAGACUUAACACUCCUGCACCUCUCAACAAUCUAUUUGGCGUACUUUUUGGGACCUUUGAUGGCAAAUUCGCGUGUGUAAUUUUUCUUUAUUUUUUUCUCUUUUCAACUUUUUUUUUGUUACAUUUUUCAUGGCAAAUAAAGAAUAAAAAAAAUUGUAAAUUUCAUCAACAAGAAUAUUGCUUAAGCAGAAAUCACUCUUGUGAACAUUGAUAACAACAUAGUGAAUUAAAUAAUCUCUUUAGAGAAAAAAAGAAGAAGAAAGGUGAAAGAAAAAACUCAUACACAUUCAAUUUCGAAAGAAUUAAACGGUGCCUUUGAAUGGUGUUCUCUCGUCGUUGAACAAAAUCACGAUGUGAGAGAAAACUAAGAAGAGCGUCUGGGUAUAAGCAGCAAAUUGAGCUGCACAAUUAACAUCUAUCGGAAAGAAAUUUGAAAAGAAUUAAGUAAAUAAAAAAAAUUGAGGACAAAAGAACAUUCUAAAUUUUUUAUAUAAAAGAAAAACUAAUUGUAAUAAAUUAAUGUUUAAAUGAAAGAAUCAUCACCCAAAAAAAGAAUUAAUCGAAACAUUUUUCUAGUCUCUGAGGAAAAGGUUUUUUUAGUCUGCAUUUUUAAAAAAAUAUUUUUCACAUUUCUUUGUCAUUUUUUUUAAUCAAAAUUCUUCAUCAAUUUGAUUCUUUUUUUAUCCGUGUGCCAAAAUGAAAGAGAAGGAAAAAAGGGAUUUUCCAAUGAUAAUUUUUUCUCUAUUUUCCACCCCCUUCUUAAGACUUUAAAAAAACACCAAUAUAUCUGUCCCCGCUCCUCCAGGAAUUUAUAAACUCGCGCGAAAAAGACAAAAUAAAUAAAAAAUGGUAAACUAUUAAAGUCACGGAUUGGUGCUUUUUUACUUCUCUAUCUCUCUCUACAGUGUCUUCUUUUUUAAAAGGUGUAAAUGUUAAGGGGAAAAAAUACAUUAAAAAUAAAACUGAAGUGAGCAUUUUGUUAAGUUUUUUUUUUCUAAAUGUAAUAAAUGGUUUAAAGAGAAAAAAAAUCAUAAUCUUCCUCUGUACAGUGUAUUAUUAUUAAUUUUUCCCUUCUUGACUUUUUUAUAGACUCAAAAAAAAAACCAUAAUGAAAAAUUUUUAAAAUGGUUUUUUUUCUUUUCAUUUUCUCCAUCCUAUAUUAUAACUUUUGAUAUUUAGAUAAAUAAUAAAAAAAAGAAACACAUAACUAAAAAUUAUUUAUAUUCAUUGUAAAAAAAAAGAAAUUACUUUUACUUCAUCUUUGAAUGUACUUAAUGGAAAACAACAAGAAAAAAAAAUGUGAAAGAGAUCAACACACAAUUUUUAUAUAAUGAACAAACAUGAAAAAUUACUGUCGUGUAAGUGUAAAUUCUCAUUUUAUCAUUAUAAUGUUCGUAGUGCUUUUUUUCAAUAAAAAGAACUCAAAACUAA